ACUUAACAAGCUACAACUAAAAACAAGCCACAUCAAGUAUAUUCUUUUGAAUCUACAACCUUCAUCAUGAUUUCUAUAUUCGGUUCUCUGUGAACUUUAGCACGGUGGAUAUCCCUUAUUCUCAACCUCUUGAAGCUCCCUAGCCAUCGGAUGACGUAGGGUGGUCGUGCUCUGAUCGUAUACAAUGUCGGACAUCGAGACCUCGCUUCCUCCCCAAUAUCCCGGUGACGAUACGCGACCAACCAGCAAACGAGAAAUCACGGCAUGGUAUAGUUAUGGAUGGGCCGCAGAGGUGUUCGUUGUGUGCGCGAUGGGAUCCUUUCUCCCUAUCACCCUGGAGCAAAUGGCUCGCGACAACGGGCACCUUGCAGAUGAUAAAACACAGCCAUGUCAGGCUAGCCAGAUAAGCACCUUCUCCAACGACCUCCUUUUGAGUCGGUCAAACACAUGUGUUGUCGAUAUUCUGGGGCUAGAGAUUAAUACGGCGAGCUUCGCAAUGUAUACGUUCUCGCUAAGCGUAUUAGUUCAGGCUCUACUGAUUGUUACAAUGUCUGGUGCUGCAGACCACGGCAGCUAUAGAAAGUCUCUAUUGGUUUUGUUUGCAUGCGGCGGUUCUAUAGCAACCAUGCUUUUCAUUACAGUGCAGCCUCAGAUCUAUGUGCUCGCCGCGAUUCUGGCAAUCAUUGCGAAUACAUGUUUUGGAUCAUCGUUCGUAUUGCUCAAUUCGUUUUUGCCAUUGCUCGUCCGGCACCAUCCCGCAAUCUUGCGCAAAAUCGCACAAAACUUAGUAGUAGAAGAAACGAAUGAUGAGCUCGAUCCUGCUACGCCUCCGGAUGUUGACACACCGCUACUUCAAACUCCCCAAGUCGCAACAGAGGCGCGUUCUGUGCAGAGCAGUUAUUCAGAUAACCAAGAGCAAUCGACUAUCGCUUUACGUCUUUCUACGCGAAUUUCUGCCAACGGCAUGGGGAUCAGCUAUAUCGGAGCUCUCUUGCUCCAAGUGAUCUGUAUAUUAGUUGUUCAGUUCACCCAUCAAACAACAUUCUCUUUUCGUCUGGUUAUGUUUCUGAUUGGCCUGUGGUGGUUUAUCUUCACCAUCCCUUCGAUUCUGUGGCUAAGACCACGACCGGGUCCUCCGCUACCAGCACCAAGCAAUGGAAAGGCUACUAGAAGUUGGCUCGGCUAUAUGUCGUUUUCAUGGAAAGCCUUGGGUAGAACCAUUAUGCGAGCUCGGCAUCUCAAGGACGUUGGUCUGUUUCUUGCAGCGUGGUUUCUCCUAAGUGAUGGGAUUGCGACGGUCAGCGGAACUGCCAUACUCUUUGCGAAAACCGAACUGCAUAUGCAACCCGCAGCACUCGGCUUGAUCAGUGUAAUUGGAACGCUCUCUGGGGUUGUAGGCGCGUUUGCUUGGGGGUUCCUCUCCCGGCAUUUCAAUCUCCGCGCCCAACAGCCAAUUAUUGCCAGUGUCUGCUUGCUUGAAAUUAUUCCGUUGUACGGCAUGCUGGGCUUUAUUCCUGCAAUACAGAAACUUGGAUUCCUAGGGUUGCAACAGCCCUGGGAAGUAUACCCCAUGGGAGCUAUCUACGGUCUUACAAUGGGCGGUUUGUCAGCCUACUGUCGGAGCUUAUUUGGCGAGCUCAUUCCUCCUGGCUAUGAAACAGCAUUUUACGCUCUAUACGCAAUCACUGACAAGGGUUCAAGUGUGUUUGGUCCUGCGAUUGUUGGUGCGAUCACCGAUCGUUAUGGUGAAAUCAGACCAUCCUUUGUCUUUUUGGCGAUUUUGAUAUUUUGUGCUGUGCCCUUAAUGCUUGCUCUGGAUGUGGAUCGUGGGAAACGAGAUGCGUUGGCCCUGGCAAAAGAGUUGGAUGAACAACCUCAUGAAUCUUAGCAUGUUUGGACUUUUUACGUAUAGUCUCUCUGUGGCUUGCAUUGGUAUUGGAACAAGAGAAGGAAUGAAACUUUUAAAAGGAUGCGACUGAAACUAAACACCAUACCCAUGUAUGUUAAUAUGUCUCGCUCGUGGCAAGAUACCCCAGUCAACAUGUGAUAUAAGGACAGAUAUUC